UGUCUGGAUGGAGAGAUUUAUCUGGAUUGGGGUUUUAUUGAACGAUGAGAAGCCGGAAUGAAAAAAAAACAAUACUCCAGUAAAGUAUGGAUUACUAACAUUUAUAUUUAAGUAACAUAUCAAAAUAUGUGUAAUCCACUACUUGGCAGGCUGUGUAUAAAGUGUGAUUUUAUUGUGAUUGAAGGUCUACACCUCCACAGCUGGGUAAAUUAUGAUUCUACAUAAUGAAUUAUUAUGAAUACUAGAAAAUCCAGUAUUAGAUUAUUUUAAUGUUGUAGUAAAUGUACAGAGGGAACAGAAGCUCAGUGAUGCUGUGUAGUAACUGUGUACAUUUUCCUGUAGUGAAGAAAGUGCAGAUCAUUCUUCCUCCUGAACCCAAAAGCAGAGAAGACUUCCUGCAGUAUUCCUGUCAGCUCACACUGGAUCCAAACACAGCCAAUAAUCACCUCUUCCUGUCUGAGAGGAACACAGUGGUGACCUGCAGCAACACAGUCCAGCCAUAUCCUGACCAUCCAGACAGAUUUGAUGUAUUUCCUCAGGUUCUGUGUAGAGAGAGUGUGAGUGGACGCUGCUACUGGGAGGUUGAGUGGAGAGGAGCUGGAGGGGUUGAUAUAGCAGUGUCUUAUAAAAGCAUCUCCAGGAAGGGAACAGGCGGGGAGUGUGUGUUUGGAUGUAAUAAUGAUCAGUCUUGGAGAUUGUUCUGUCAUUCCUCCAGAUACAUAUUCAGUUACAAUAACAGAGAAACUGUAAUCUCCGAAGCCCCCGUCUCCUCUAGAGUAGGAGUGUAUGUGGAUCACAGGGCAGGAACUCUGUCCUUCUACAGCAUCUCUGAUACCAUGACCCUCAUCCACAGAGUCCAGACCACCUUCACUCAGCCGCUCUACGCUGGGUUUUGGUUAAACCUUCACUCAUCAGUAAAUCUUUCACUUUCAGCAAAAUAGAUGAACAUGCAGAACAAAGAGAAGAGCUGGAUGAGAUCAGAUAAGAACUGCAGAAUCUAGACUGUAGAGCUGAUCAAAUACAUGUAUAAUAGUGAUGGGCUAUAUUGAAAAAAAAGUCUAUAUUUGUUCAAUAUUUGAAGCGAUUCUCUAUUAGUAUUUACAGAAAAAAAUGGAUUUAGUUUCUUUUAUUUGUAGAUAGCAAUCAAAAUAGUAACAAACAGCACUAUUUAGAGUAGAAAAGCACUAUUUUCAGUGAAAACAUUUAAUGUGAUCAAUCACAACAGUACUUUUCUUACACUUUUUCCUCUUUUUAAGGCUUAAGAUUUUAACAGUGGGUUUAAAUUUAAAUAAAAUAAUCAAUGUUCGAUUGGUAAAGUGGAAUUAUGUUUACAGUAGUGGGAUCAAGCACUUAAUGUAAUUUUGCUAGAAACCCUUUAAUUCUUGCUCUUGUUGAAAUACAGUUUUAUAUGCUGCUGCAUGUGAAACUGUUCUUCUACCUGCAUCGCCUGCAUUAAUCAAUAAACGAAAACAGAAAAAACAACGAGUGAAUCAGGGGAAAAAAAACCCGGACUGACAUCAAAUCGUCAAAUAGGAUUCAUGGCCCCGCCCACCUUGGCUUGAGACUGCCAACUGCAAAGCCACAUAGAAGGAAGCGUCACAUUGCUAUUAGCCAAUCAGAGGGGACACAUUUGCAUGUCAUGAAUAUUCACAAAUAAUAACUAAAAUCCUGACAUUAUUCUGCACCCACCGAACCUCCACCCAACUGAAUCAGCCUGAAAAAACACUUUUUUACAGAAACUGACUCAGAUUAAUGUGCAAAAAAAUAAUAAUGCAACAAUUAUUUCUUUUAAACCUGUGCAAGCACAAUGAAACUCGAAUGAAACUAUGAAAAUAUAAAAAUAAAUGUUUAAUUUAGCUAUUUUUUCUAUAAGAGUAGGAAGCAGCUUUCAUAAUGAAAACAGUUCAAACAUAACCCCUUAUAUUUCAGCUAAUGAAAAGCAUAAAACAUGCAAAUCACUUCCACAAAAAAUAAUGAUUAUUAAAAUCUCACAUUAAUUCUGAUUAACCGCUCUUCACAAAGUUAUAAUUUUCAUGUAAAGUUUUUUUUCGAUAUAUGAUAAUCCAGAUAAUAAUGGAAUGGUUUGAACACCAUGGAAGUUAAAGCUAAAUGUAGAUUAUUAGAUGUAGAGUAGAUGAUUUUGUAGUAAAGGGGGGAUUUUCUGAAGAGGACAGUGUGUCAUAAAGUCAAAUUAACAUUGAUUAAUUACUGAGAAAUAAAAACACAGGAGAAACGAAUUAAUAUUGUAUUGGUUAAUCGUGCAUUGGGUAAUAUCAUAUGGUAAAUUUUGCGUUGUGUAAUAGACAUCAUUCCUGCAUUUAGUUUUUUGGAAGAAAUUGACAUGAUGAGUUUUGAAUAUAAGAUGGACCAUCCAGACUGUUCUCAGCAACACGUCCAAAAGCCAGGUUCUGUCAGGGAUCUGUUAGUACACUCCUGUAAUGGAUGGUAUUUUCUGAAAGUGCUGGAAUCUGUUGGAAAUCAUUAAUUAAAUGUGUGAUUUUUGGAAUCACAACUGAUCAUACUUCUUAUUGCUGUCACAUUUAAAAAAAGUAGCAACUUACAAUAUAAAGAGCAACUAACAGCUUUCAAAACUAUAAACUUGAGAUAAAAUACAUACAAGGUUUUUCUGUUUUUAUAAAUGCUUUUCUGCUCUGUUGAAAGUUCAGCAUUUUUAUUUUGAAUGUACUCAGAAUGUAUUCUGUAUUAAGACCUGUUAUCUUGUCAUGUUGUGGGAUAUACUAUCAUGUAAAUCAACAAUUGUUGUGAUUAAAAAUAAAUUCACUUUUAAAAGGA